AGCUGCACGAGCUGCGCGCUGCAUGUGUAUGUGUGUGUGCGAAAAUAUUAAUUGAUACCUUAACGAUGCGAUGCAGUGCCGUGUGAAAUACUUCGGAACUGUUUGUUUUUAAAUUUCAACAAUUCAAGAUUUAAGACAGCACCUGUCUGUUCGGCAUAACGUGCUCUCCGCUGCUCGAGCCCAAAAAAGAAAAGAACCGUGCGACGGAGGUGAACAGCGACGUGCAGCACACACACUAAAGCAAACAUACACCACACACACACACUCAGAGAGACCGACAGCGUAAAGGCAUACGGAAAAACGCACACACCCAUACAAAUGCCAUAAAUUGAAGUGUAUUUGUAAAUUAUUGUAUUGUUGGAAAGAAAGCAAGCAAGCACACGCAUACGGCGAAAAAUACGCAAAGAAUCUUUACAUUUUGCCAAAGUUUCGGUUCGCUACGCUACGCUCUGUUACAUCGCCGAUUCGAUUGCUAAUAUUCCGAAUAUCCAGCGUGCGUGCGUGAGAUCAACCUUGCCGCCCGCCCACAAAAAUAUCCUCCGCCCAGCGCCACCCACUCUUCUCGUUUUAGUUUUUUUUUUUGUUUUUUGUAUUCGAAUACGGCAAAAUCGGAAAGCGAGCGGCCCGCAAAUAUAUAUAUUUAUUUAUAUUUAUUGACAGCGAGCAGCGAACAAGCAAGUACUGAUAUUCAGUGAGGAAAUUUGAAGCCAGAAAAAAACAGAAAAGCUAAAAAAGCGGAAAAGCCGCAUAGCGGCAGCAGUUGUCCAAGUAAAAAAGCACAUCCAGUGAGUCCCGAUCCUACAGAGAAAUCCAUACCAUACCAUACCAUCAGUACCGAUCCUUCGCGGAGGAGCCGCCCCAAUUCAGCACCAUUCAAGUGCCGACUAAAAUGGAAAUUGAAACAGAUCAGUCUAUUGAAGCAAUGGACACCCAGGACACCCAAGAGGUCGAGAUCCUCACCAGUGACCUCCAGCAGCAGCAACAACAACAACAGACUCCGCAACAGCAGCAGAAUUCGCCGCCUCAAUUGCCCAAAUUCAAAAAUCUUAUCCAGCCACAAUUGCACGCCGUUGGCGCUGUAACCCAGUUGCCCAGCGAGAACGGCAAUGUGCCGCCACAGCAACUAUUGGCGGAUAGCAGCUCCACUUCGUUCGGCGACGCCGAGGCCAUGGGCAUUGACGAUGAGUCCAAGGAGGAUCAGUUCCGCUCGGAGACCACAUUCUCCUUUACCGUCGAGAAUGUGGUUCAAUUGAAAUCGCAGAGACUGUCGCCGCCAGUGUAUGUCCGCAUGUUGCCAUGGAGAAUUAUGGUCAUACCCAAUGAUCGUGCGCUGGGCUUCUUCCUGCAGUGCAAUGGUGAGAAUGAUUCGCCCACCUGGUCAUGCAAUGCCAUUGCCGAGCUGCGUUUGAAGUGCCACAAGCCGGAUGCACAGCCAUUCAGCCGUGCUCGUAUUAAGCAUUUGUUCUACUCCAAGGAGAACGACUAUGGCUACUCGAACUUCAUCACUUGGCAGGAGCUGCAGGAUUCCGACAAAAGCUAUGUGCACAACAACAGCAUCACCCUGGAGGUGCACGUAAUUGCGGAUGCACCGCAUGGCGUUUUGUGGGACUCGAAGAAGCACACAGGCUAUGUGGGCCUCAAAAAUCAGGGCGCCACCUGCUAUAUGAACUCGCUGCUGCAGACAUUGUACUUCACCAAUUCCCUAAGACUGUCUGUGUAUCGCAUACCCACAGAGGCUGACGAUAGCACCAAAUCAGUUGGACUAUCGCUGCAGCGUGUGUUCCAUGAACUGCAGUUUGGUGACCGUCCCGUGGGCACCAAGAAGCUAACCAAGUCCUUUGGCUGGGAGACGCUCGAUUCGUUCAUGCAGCACGAUGUCCAGGAGUUCCUUCGCGUGCUGCUCGACAAGCUCGAGUCAAAGAUGAAGGGCACCACACUGGAGGGCACCAUACCGGGUCUGUUCGAGGGCAAAAUGUCUUCGUACAUUAAAUGCAAGAACGUUGACUACAACAGCACACGCUACGAGACGUUCUACGACAUCCAGCUGAACAUCAAGGAUAAGAAGAACAUCUACGAGUCCUUCCAGGAUUACGUAGCCCCCGAGACGCUGGAGGGUGACAACAAAUACGAUGCUGGUGUGCAUGGCUUGCAGGAAGCCAGCAAGGGCGUCAUCUUCACUUCAUUCCCACCCGUUUUGCAUCUGCACCUGAUGCGCUUCCAAUACGAUCCCGUCACGGACAGCUCGAUUAAGUACAACGAUCGCUUUGAGUUCUACGAACAGAUCAAUCUCGAUCGCUACCUGGCCGAGGGCGAGAAGACCUCGGCGGAUUACGUUCUGCACGCCGUGCUGGUGCACUCUGGCGAUAACCAUGGCGGGCACUAUGUGGUCUUCAUUAAUCCAAAGGCUGACGGACGUUGGUUUAAGUUCGACGACGAUGUGGUCUCCAGUUGCCGCAAGCAGGAGGCGAUCGAACAGAACUACGGCGGUAUGGACGACGAGAUCUCGUUCCAUGCCAAGUGCAGCAAUGCCUAUAUGCUGGUCUACAUCCGCCAAUCGGAGUUGGAGCGCGUCCUCGGCGACAUACCAGAGAACGAGAUCUCAAGCGACCUGGUGGAGCGCCUCGACCUGGAGAAGCGCAUCGAAAUGGCGCGACGCAAGGAGCGCAGCGAGGCCAACCUUUAUGUGUCCGUGCACGUGAUCCUCGAGGAGUACUUCGAGGACCAGCACAAGCGUCGUCUCUUCGAUCUGGAGAAAGCCCAUCCGCGCAUCUUCCGCAUCAAGCAAAAUCAGACUGUCGACGAGCUGGUGGACAUGUUUGUCAAGGGUUUCGGAGUGUCGCGCGAACGCAUGCGAAUGUGGAACAUGUGCACCGCACAGACGCAAAAGUUUUUGCAUUUUGAUUUCGUGGCGGAGGCGUCACGCGCCAUCGAGCAGAUACCGACGUCACAGAAACCGUGGGUCAUCUGGCUGGAGCUAGCCUGGCCGGAUGUUUCUGGCCCCCUGCCGUCCUUUAAUCCCAAGACCGAAGUCCUGCUGUUCCUCAAGUACUAUGAUGCGCGUAACAAGCGCCUGAACUACAUUGGAUGUACCCAGCAGCCGCACACCCGCCGCCUCAUUGAUCUGGUGCCGGAGGUUAAUCGGAAACUGGGCUUCGAAGCGGACACCGAGCUGACCAUCUUCGAUGAUUACGCCGACAAGAAGCUGGUCAAUCUGAACGAGCCCAUUGAGAGUGUGCUGUUCAUACCGCAGGACCACCUGCAAGGCCACAUCCUAAUCUUCGAACGUGAAAACGUCGACGCCAAACUCGACCUGCCAACGGUGCAGGACUACUUCCUUGAUCUCGUCUAUCGCAUGGAGAUCAUCUUCAGCGACAAAUGUAACCCCAAUGAGCCGGACUUUACGCUGGAACUGUCCAGUCGCUACAACUACGAUCAACUCACCAAUGCGGUGGCCGAGCGCUUGAAUACCGAUCCACAGAAGCUGCAGUUCUUUAUGUGCAUCAACAACUACAAGGAAACGGCGGGCAAUGCAGUGCCCUACACAUUUAAGGGCACCAUCAAAGAUCUGGUGUCCUACACCAAACAGAGCACGCCCAAGCGUAUCUUCUACCAGCGCCUGUCGCUCAGCAUCCAUGAGCUGGACAACAAGAAGCAGUUCAAAUGCGUCUGGGUGAGCAGCGACCUCAAGGACGAGAAGGAACUGGUGCUGUACCCCAACAAGAACGAUACGGUGAAGGGACUGCUGGAGGAGGCGGCCAAGAAAAUCACAUUUGCGGAGAACAGUCGUCGCAAGUUGCGCCUGAUGAAAGUUAGCAAUCAUAAAAUCGUGGCGAUAUGCAAGGAUGAUAUACCGCUGGAUACGCUGCUAAAGACCAACGAGUCCAUCACGACCACACAGGGCGCUCAAAAGACUUAUCGCAUCGAGGAGGUGCCGGCGGAGGAGAUGCAGCUGGCGGAGAACGAGUUCCUCAUCCCAGUGGCCCACUUCAGCAAGGAGCUGUACAACUCGUUCGGCGUACCCUUCCUAGCCAAGGCGCGCCACGGCGAGCCGUAUGGUGCGCUAAAGCAGCGCAUUCAGCGGCGUCUGAAUGUGCCGGACAAGGAGUGGGAAAACUACAAAUUCUCCGUGAUCUCCAUGGGCCACAAUUCGGAUGUGAACGACAAUACGCCCGUCGACCUGGAGGUGUACCGCUCGUGGACCAGCGGCCAGUUGCCCUUCUUUGGUUUGGAUCACAUCAACAAGUCGCGCAAGCGCAGCUCGCUUAACUUUUCCGAGAAGGCCAUCAAGAUCUACAACUAGGGCGUUUCUUGGAGCGGGGACACAAACAGAACAUAGCUGGCUUUUUAAGCUGUACACUGGAUGAAGUAGGCGGAGCAAGUUUUGCGGAUUAACGGAUUCAUGUUGGAUGUGUAUUGGAUUGCGGGCAAGGGACGGCUGCACUUGUUGCUUGGCUAAUAAUGUCUAUUGUUCUUUAAAAUUCCAAACAAUGAGCCUGUUUCUUGGAACCAAUUCAUACACACCACACCAUACACACACACAUGCACACACACACACACAAACAAAGAAACACACGCGCGGAACUUACCCCUUUUAUUUUUAUACAUAUAUAUUGUUUGUAAACUAACAGCUAAGUAAUUUUUAGUUAUUUAUUAGUCCCGAUGGCCGCCGAUGGCAACGAUUGCAGAGCCACUGGCCACUGGCCACGCCACUCCACGCACACUUGCUCCCUCCUUUCGCCUUCUUCCUGCCUGUUUACUCUCGUUACCACGUUACCAAGUUACCAUUUCCGUUUCCGCCGAACAAUCCUGACCAGAGUAUCAGCUUUCGCAUCGAGUCCAGUCUCCACAAUUCUACUGACUUAUUGCUUGGACUAAAGUAACUUCAAUUUAGGCUUAGGCAUUAACGUGUGUGUGCGCGUUUGUGUGUGUGUGUGUAUGUGUGUGCGUGGGUGUACUUUCUAUGCUAUAAUAUUCUUAAUCGAUAAUUGUUUAAUCGCAGGCAGAAGUGAACUCGAAACGGAUCGAAUCGGUUACUUUUGUCUAAUUGUAAAUAAGCGUUCGUUGCAAGUUGCCCAUUAAAAAGUAUAAACAAACCAAUAGAGGAAACAAACAAAAGCAAACACACAUAUGUAACAAAGAGAGGAGGCGAAGGAGGAGAGAAGAGAUGAGGGAAAGGAAAGGAAAGGAAAAGGAAGAGAAGAGAAGAAAAGGAAAGGAAAAACCUUAAACUAAUAGAAGGCAUAGGAAGAACCUAAACUAAAUAAAAGCAACCAGCAAGAGAAACAGAUAUAAAUAUAUAUAUAUAUAAAUACGCGAGAGAGGAAGAGCUGUAAACAAUUAAAGGCAACUAUGUAACAAGUAUAACUUUAAACGAAACAAACGAUUAACAAAACAAAACAAAAGAAAAAGAGUCAUCAAGUUGCACCAAACAAGACGAGAACGAGGACGAUGACGAUGAAAAUGGAGGCGGUGGAUAUGAUAAGAUAUAUUCAUUCGGUCAGCAAAUCGAAAGAGAGAGACAGCGUGUGUGGGAGAUGAAAAAUAUAAGAUUUGUUUCAAACAAUUAUUUGUGAUUUUUAAACAUGAAAUGAUAAAAAAUGUAUGCAAAGGACUAGACAACAUAAUAUUAAUUAAUAAAUUACUAUAAUACACA